GAUGGUUGAAUAAGAUGUGGCCGUCGCCGUGCGUGUUUCAGGGCGGCGGUCACGACGCGAGCUGCCAGUGCUCCGGGGGGCACGUCUCGCCGCGGCGGAGGCAGCCGGCAGCCGGCGGCGGGUGGCUAGUGAGGAUGGCUCGGGCGAGCAACUUCUCGCCGCGGAAGGCUAGAGCAGCAGCAAGCUAGCAGGGAAGCCAAGACCGCUCGUUGCCGACGAGGCGGCUAGCGUUAGCAUGCUAAAGGUAGCCGCGGCGUUAGCAGCGGCGGCAGGCGGAUCCGGAGUAGACACCGGUGACGGGGGAGGAGGCUGCCGCUGCUGGCCCAGCCUUUGAUGUUAGCAAACGUUUCUCCCGCGUUCCCCUCCGCUUCCGUCCUCACGUUCCCACCAGGGCGCCGUCGUUCACUGAUGUUGACAUUUGUGUGUAACCUGUGAACUCUUGAUCGUGUGGGAUCCAAAAAGUGAUCGUGCCCCUUUCCCGGCUCCGAGUGUGUGUGCGCGUUUGUGUGUGCGCGCGCGCUCACUCAUUGUCCGGCGUCCCUCCAAGCGUUGCCCUGUCCAGUAACUAUCAGAUACACUCCUGCUCCGCCAAACAACACCCCUGUGUCAAAGAUGACCAGUAGAGAUACUGAACGUCCCCCGGCGGAGGAGCAGCUGACCCGUAAACCAGCCCUUUCUAUAAGCCAGCUCAAGUGUAUGUGCAGAAUUUGAGGACGGAUGCGGACGACUGCAGCAAGAAUGGCAAGAAGGCUGCAGAGGCCAUGUCUCUCAGUAAAGAGGACAUGUCCAUCUUUGGCCUUUACCCCGGCCACGACGACUUCUACCUGGUGGUUUGCAGCCACUGUGGCCAAGUUGUGAAGCCACAGGCGUUCGAGAAGCACUGCGAGCGGAGACAUGGCCCUGUGGCAAAGCUGUAUGCCAAACUGCGCUCUCCGACCCCCGCGCCCCAGCCCCAGCAGAGGCCCCUCCACGGCCACUCUCCUUCUCACGGGACCAAUUCUGCCUCUGCUUCGUCAUGGGAGGGUCGCGUCCAGGGGGCUGGGCACCUGCGGGCACCUUCGCCUUCUACCCCACCCCAGCACAGACACUCCAAGAACUCCAAAGAUGGAGUACGACAUUCCCCGCUGGAGAAGCCGUCCUCGCACAGCAGCCACACAGAGUCUUCAGUAUUCAAGCAGCCGCCGCCUUUGGAGCCUCCGCUGAGCUCUCCACCUCCGUCACUCAGAGACCCCCCCUGGCCACACGGAAGCACUCCACCUGUCCGGCCCUCGCCCAGCGACAAGCCCCCCACGCAGAGCCAGCGGAAGGACUCCCCCCUGGCCUCGGUGCUGCCAGGCCACCGAGUCCCCAGACCCUACAACAAAGUGGCCUCCAAGAGGGAGUGUGACUUGGACAAACACUGCGGCGUCCUCGAUCCCGACAGGAAGAAGGUCUGCACGCGCCUCCUGACAUGCAAUAUCCACUCCAUCCACCAGCGGAGGAAAGUGAUGGGCCGAAGCAAGAACUUUGACCAGCUGGUGGCAGAGCUCAAGACCAAGGUUCGGGAGAAAGGGGCCCAGUCGCUGGAGGGCGGCUCCUCCAGCGGACGAUCCCCCAGCCCAGAGGCCCCCAGGGAGCAGGCUGGGGCUCCGCACUGCAGAAGACCUCUAGCCAGCCUCCCUGCUUUCAGUCGGUCCACUGGUGUGUCGGAGUGCAGCCCAGACGAGGAGAAGCAGCGGCAGGAUGAGGGAAGUCUCAGAGCCCCGUCGCCUCUCGUCCACGGGCGAAUCUCCAGUGAUGAGAGUGAAGGGGAGGGACCCGAGGAGCCAGUCGAGCUCCCCUCUUCUGCUGCACAUCCCAGACCAUUGGCGGUAUGUUCGUUCGGCAGCCAUACGUUUGGUCACGGCAUUUACACGUUUGACAGGAGACUCCACCACCUGCGGUCGGCUCUCAGCAGCAUGCUGGAACAGCACGUCAGCGCCCACCUCUGGAAGAAAAUACCUCAAGCCACAGACCUUCAAUCUACACCACCCUCGGCAAAGACCAUCAAUUCCUCGUCCCCCUCCUCCACCGUGUCCUCCCCUUCAUUGCAUUCUAAGAUCCGGACAGGAAGUCAUAUCAGCUCCACUCUCAAAAUUGCUUCCUCCUGCUCCUCUUCCUCCUGUCGUGUUCCAGGGAGACCUCAGACGCCCAUGCAGUCAGAGAACUCCGGGGGCGGCAGCAGCAGCAGCAGCAGCAGCAGCAUCAGUGGUGGUCACCUGGGCUCUCCAGGUAAGCCUGUUGUAGUGCGUCAAGGGGGUCCUGGUCGGCAAAAGAACCCAGUGGGGCGUCCCAGUAAGCAGAUGCUGAAGUUGCGGGAGGAAGCUGCUACUGCCGCUACCCUCCGUAAACGCAAAGCCCCGUCACAGGAAGGUGAGCACUCAGGCCCCGACAGGAACUGCAUUAUUCUCCAGGACCGGGGCCGCCCACCCUCUGCCGCUUCUUCCUCGAAAGCCCCCACCCCCUCGCCUCUUCCACACGGACAGACCAAUGGCACGCUUUCCCCGAACAGCAAACCCCACCCCCAGCCCUCCCCGUCAGAGUCCCACUCACCAGCCGCCAAAGCAGUCUGGACCUACAGACGGACACACCCUGCUUUGGGCCAUUCAUCCCCCCCGGACCUCUCCUCCGCCACCAACAACUCCCACAGCCGAGCUGGCGUGGGGGACUCAGGACUGCAUGGUCAGGGCAGCGGGAGGGGCUUCGAGUACCAGGGGCUGAAGAAACGCAAGGGGGGAAGUGUGGAGGAGCACUCGCCUUCCUCCAAAACCUCAGCACACCGCCUGCCCUCCUCCUCCUCCUCCAGCUCUGCCACCACCUCCUCUCCACGCUCUAAUUUCUACCCCUGGAAGGAGAGUAAAGGCGGGGGGUUGGCCGGGGGUGUGGAGAAGAAACUCGGCGCACAGAAGCCAAAAUUGCACCAUUAAGUGUGCCUGCCUUACAAGCCACUAUGAGGGAGCCAGCUCCGCGGCCUCAGAGGCAACAGGACUCAAAUAUGUGUGUGUUUGUAUGUGCGUGUCUGUUUUUUUGUCUAUUGAGCACAUGUUGAAGUGUGUGUGUCAGGUUGUGUGUAUGUGCAGAGUUAGUGCAGUAUGGAUGUGGUGGUGUGACUCGCCACCGGGUGCGUUUGCUGUGUGGAUGGAUGUUUGAGGGGAGAACUGGGGGACGGGUGGGAUGAAAUUCAAGAGAAUGGAUUUAGAAAUACCUCAAGACCAUCCGGUUAUGCUGCUAAAUUAAAUGUUGGUUUAUAAAAAUGGAUUAAAAAUGUCCUUUACA